AUGGAUGUGAAAUAUUUAUUUAAAUGGCGAGAACUGAAGCAGAACAAACUCUUCAGUAACAGCUACGACAAUAAUAAUGACACAAAAUUGGAAAAAUCAUGUGGGGGUUACAAAGUAAACUUUCUUAAAGAUAAAAUCAAUCAACCAAAUAAAAGUAUUGGUUGUUUUAAGAAGACACAAAACUCUCAAAAGGUUCAAGCAUUUAAAGCCCCGAUACGAAACAAAUUGAAUAAAGCGAAAACGAAAUUCAAUAUGUUGCUUCUUCAUAAUCAAUCAGACAAUGGUCUUGGAAAUGCUAUCGUUUUACUUAAUGAAGGUGAAAAUGCUUACGGCAUUUCACAAAACAUACUUAGAGAUGCAUCAAUUAGUAAAUAA